GAUGAAGUUUGGCUUUCCGAUGGGCUUGGAUUCAUGGUAGGAAAGGACAGGUAUAAAAUGCAUCUGGCAGAGGCUGCUGACAUGGUGGAAAAAUCAAGCUGCAACAACCACCGGGCAGUAAAUCAAGCUAAUGCUGCUCGGCACAAGCUGGAGUCCACCGUAUCGGGGGAGUUGCCUGUGCCAGACACGGUUGCUUUGUCCCUCACUCCAUGGUGGAUUUUCAGAAAGGCGAAAGACAAAUGAACAUGGACUACGCCCUUUGCGAGGCUUCCCGGCACAACAUGGAAGGCAUCACCAGGCUGUCACCUUCUAUGAUAUUAAUUGUCAAUACAACAAACACUUUCGGGUUCGGGUGGAUCGAAGUCGAUUUCUAGACAUGGCACCACAACUAACCAUCAUUCCCGGAAUUGGGUUGUGGCACAUUCAUGGCCAUCAGGACAGCUGCUAUGUCCGAUAUGCUUCUAACUUUAUUGAAGGCAUUGGUCGGAUCGAUGGAGAGAUCAUGGAGACGCUAUGGGCACGGCUCAAUCUGAUUUCCCCUGCUGCUCGGGGAAUGUCAUCUCCCCACCGAAAGGAAUGCCUUGAUUAUCAGAUGAAUGACUCCAAUUUCUGCAAGAUGAUUCGCAUGAAAAGGACUCUAUGCCGGAAAUACAAGCUGGCGAGGAAUGGCAUCUCGGAAAGUGGAAAGGCAUUCGACAGACUCGAUGAAGCAGCACCCUCACAUUUGAAGACAGAAUGGUUAGCCAGGGAGAGGAUAGCUCAGUCAAGCAGAUUGAAUGAUCCUGCGGCGAUGGAUGAAUAUGAGAUCAAUAUAAAAAAGGCACCAAGCAAAAAGGAGAUCGAGCUUAGAUUAUUAGAGGAGGGUAACGCCCGCAAUGCAGCACCCUCUCGCAGAUCUGUGGCGACGUGGAUAUCAACAGGGUUAGCAAUUGAAGAGGCUCAGAUUGCAUUGCUCAUCGAGGUCCGAAGGAUCGGAAGAAGAUCCACUGAGACACAGAGAUUAGACAUUGCCCGUCAACGCGAUCGGCUCCAAGGCCAGAUAGAUGGAUUUGCUCGGUCUGCUCUAACACAUCUCGGGGAGGGAUUUGAUGCAGAUGAUGAACCUGAGGACUUGAACGUAGACAUUCUAGAUGAUCUCGAUGAUGACCCGGCGGAUUUCACAGAGACAUCUCAUACAUGGACAAACUCUCCCGAGCUCACUGUAAUCCCGUUGCCAUCAAACCUGGGUGUUGAUAGAUGCAGACGAUGCAUGGCAGAGGAUCUGAUUCCCCUGGAGAUGUCUCUUCGUGAAGGGCAGGCCAAUGAUGCCCUUCACAAUCUCCGCAUUUACCUUUGCAACAAGGCCAUCCUGUUCCGAACAACCGUUCGGCAGGCCAAAUCCCAGGCCCUGAAAACUCGAGCUUGGUCCCAGGUGACGUCGGUGCAGCAGGCAGUCUCCCUCCAUGCCAGCAUAUAUACAAAGACCAGGAAGCAAAUGAUGAAACUUGAGCCGGGGCAAGACCAGCUUCAGAAAUACAAACCCCUGCUUCGCGAGCAACUCAAAAUCAGCACUGCAGUGGGCGACCCAAAUGCCCGAGGUCAACGAAAUGAAUCUUUGGCUUGGUUUUGGUCUGUGAAGUCGACCUCGGGGGUCCUGAUCAAUCGUGGAAUGAGGAAUGUGAGUUCCUGCUUGCAUGUCAUAUCCCACGGUUACCUGACUGGACCCAUGCCAAGUUACCGAGUCCAUUGGCUGCGGGCAAAGGCACUACGAGAUCGAUGGAGGGAAGAAAUGAUAUUGGUCAAAUUGGAGAUGGAUUGGACAUGUAAGUUCUUUUUGUGGAAAGCAACCCAAUGGGGCGACCACAUGCAGGAAUCAUUGGAGAAACGCCUUCCGGGUCACGGAUGCUAUGCCGGAAGGCAAUCGCGAAUGUAUUCAUUGCUCGCACAGGAUGCGCAGGCAGCUUUUCAAGACCUACAAAACGUGUUGAUAGAGGCUGGAGAUGAAUGAACA